GUGAAGACAAUCAGCACAAGCUGAGGAGAGCAGCUAGUGCAUUCAAACCAUAAAGAGUAAUAAUUUUACGUGUUGCCAAUUCAUCAAACCUGUUCUCAAUCUCCAACAUGCAGUGCCAGAUAAAUUCACUGUACAUUAUUGGACUCAUUCUGCUUUUAUCUCAUUGCCUUCCUGCAUCAUAUGGAGGCUCAGCAGUGAGGGAGCUGCGUUGCCAAUGUAUAAAUACCGUAUCAACCGCCUUUCACAAAAAACACAUUCGUUCCCUGGAGGUUUAUCCAAAAGGUCCUCAUUGUGCCAGGGUGGAAGUAAUUGUGACAUUGCGCAAUGGAGUUCAGCACUGUUUAGAUCCAGACACAAAGUGGUUAACAUCUGUUGUCAAAAAGAUUCUCAGAAGGAAUUCACAGAAGAAAUGAAGAACCAAAGUUCGCAUCAGUUUCUUUAUAUUAUUGUGUGUGAUUUGUCAAAGGCAUAAAUCCCUAUUGCACUCCCUCUUUCAUUCAGCAGUCUAAAUCUUCUCAAUAAACAGUAUCCAAUAACAAGUGCAGGCAAGGGGUGCAGUUAGACUCAGGUCCAUAGGGGAUAUCUUGUUGUGAACUCCUACAAAAUUAUGCCACCAUAUGAGUUUUUGCAGGGGUGUGGCCAAAAGGGGGGGUGUUAUGGUUUGCUUCAGGGCCUGUUGGAAUGUAGUUAUGCCACUGACAGUAUCAACUUCAUAACCUGGUAUUGGAAUGGGCCAUAUGUUAUGAGUGAAGACAGCACACACAGAUAUGAGGAGAAAUGUAUGUAAAGUAGAUACGAAUGAACAUGCUAAGAACAUUAAUGGAAUGAGUUUUGGCACCAUACAUUUAUUAAAGAGCAGCUUUUAAAGGCACAGAAGAUGGAAUUACAUGCUAUGAGUUAGUUGAAUAUUUUUGUUUUACAGCACUAGUAUUUUGGUUUAUAAUAAUUCUUGUCACAUGACUGAUGUUAUUAUCAAUAUAGAUCAGUAUAUUGUAUACUCAUCCCGUACUUUCAAGAACAUACUGUUUAUAAAAGGGCAUGGAAGAGUUCACACAUUUAUUUGUGGUUGCUUUAAGUCUGUUCACUACAGCCACAGUAUUUUCUAGUGAUGUUAUAUAUUCCCUUUAAUUAAUUUGGUCAGAAUUAAAGUUUUUUUGAGUGUUGUCCCUUCCGGGUUUCAUGCAACGAUAGAUGCUGUAUACCAGCCAUAGUCCUAAUGUCAUUGGACAUGUGGCCAAAUUAAAACAGUAACAUCAAAGAACAAAACAUGUACUGUCAUAUAUUUUGUAAUCUUUAAAGGCUUAUCAAAAUACAAUUUUUUGCCAUGACAUGCAUUCAGUAUGUCUGGUUAUAACGUGUGUUUAUCCAUUUGUCCGUCUUCGCGGUUUUUUUUGUUGUUUGUUUUUUAAUUUCCAUAUUCAACUCCCUAUAUGUAUUACUAUUAUAUUUAAUAAUACUUAAUAAGUGUGGGGCAUAUACAUUUUAUAUACUAACUUUUUUUUAUUAAAUAAAAGCACUCAUU